AUGAAGCCUGAGGAUUCAAAAAUGCCAUCAGAAUGGGCCAUAUCUCCACAUUUAAUAACAUCACCCGGCCUAAAUAUAUCAUCAAAUAACCCUCAAAGUAAUUUAGAAAAUAUGCUACCAACAAAUACACUUUAUGAGAAUGCCCAGCUUUUAGAGAAAUCCUUAGAAACCACAUUGCAUUCAAAUAAUACAUUGGAUAAUACUUUUACAGCUAUGGACGCAUCGAUAUAUCAAGUUCCCGGUUUGCAUUUGUCUUUAGAAGCACCUCUUUUUCAAACCAAUCUAGAACGCCAGAAAGCUGCUACACUAGACAUCUCAACAAACGCCAUUUUAAAUGCAGUUAAUUCAUAUCAUCAGGAAAUUCCUAAUACUUUUUUGUCAAACAAUUCAAAACAAAUAUUUGAAGAAACUAUUCAAGAAAAAUUAAAAAGAACAUUAGGCAAUACUGUACAUAUUAAAAAUAUUAAUAUUGAGGCUUCAACUCCGAAAGACAAUGAUACACAUACUCAUGCAUUAUGUCCUUCUAAGUAUUACGAAACCAAUGGUAAUGAUGAGCUAUUUCAGGAAAAUAAAAAGGAUAAUCCAUUUAAAUUUCCUGGUAUUGCUAUUCCAAAUCUUCCCUUUGCUACCAUUAUGGAUGUACAAACAGAUCAACCAGUUUUUGAAAAAACACCAUUGCAAAACAAACCAAGCGUUAGUAAAAAAAAUGAAGUUUCUAUGCCAAAGAAUGAAACUUCUGUUUCAAAGAACGGAAUUUCUGUACCAAAAAACGAAACCGUUGUACUAAAAAACGAAACUUCUGUGCCAAAAAAUAAGAUAUCUGCACCAAAAAAUGAAAUCCCUAUAUCGAAAAACGAAACUUUUACACCAAAAAAUGAAACUUUACAAAAAAACGAAACUUCUGCACCAAAAAAUGAAACAUCAGUACCAAAGAAUCAACCUCGAUCCAAAAAUUCAUACGAUACACUUUUAUAUGAAUUACGAAAAUGUUUUAGCGUUUAUGCAGUAACAGGAGAUACUAGAAACUGUGUUAGAACCAUAUAUGAUUUAAUGAAAGAUAUAGUUGAAGAUAAAGCUAAAAUUGUAAUGUUAGAAACAUUAAAAGGGGGAAUGAAAGAUGACAUUAUAACUGCAUUCAUUGAAAAUAAACAAGUCUUAGGAAGGAUAAGAAAUUGGCUGGUUAAUGCUAUAAACGAAAAAAAAAAUACCAUUAUUAUAGCUAUUUUAAAAAUUAUGAGUAUAUUAAAAUUGGAUGCACCAAUUUUAGCAGAAUUGAAAAUGGGGAAACCUAUAAUGAUUUUGGCCAAAAAAUCUGAAAAUGAGACUGUUAAACAACUUUCCAUAAAAUGGCUAGAGGUAGCAGAAAAAUCUUUAUUAUUAGAAAAACCUGCAGAAAAUUUAACGAUUUCUAAUGUGCCACCUAUUUCCACAACAGAAGAUGCAUCUAAAAAAAAACAAAAAAUAAAUUCAAAUGACUCUAUCUCAAAACCUACUAUAGCUUCAAAGCCUAAUUCAACAAAACCUGUGGUUAAAUCUCAAAAAGUUCAACCUGUAGUUAAUACAGAUUUUUUUAAGAAUCUCUCUACUCCUACGACAAAACCUUCACAAAAGCCUUCCCUUUCCAGUGUUCUUGCACAAAUAAAAGCACCUAAAAAAUCAAAUGUCACACAACCUCAAGUAAUAGAGACAACUACUAAAAAAUUUACAAGUGUUUUGGAAGAAGUUCCUGGUUGUCAAACAACAUCAGAAACAACCGUAACAGAUGCUACUAUAGUUCCUGAUGAAGCACCCAAGAAAAAAAGGAAAUGUGUUUCAUGGAAAUCAGAUAACGAUCUUGUUGAAAUAAGGAUAUUUGAAUCUCUUGAACCUGAAGAAACGGACAACUCAUUUAUUCAUAUUUUUCGUGAAUUUAAAAAUGCAAGAGAUUUAGAUAUUUAUGAAGGACGUGCUGCAUUUAACAAAACACAUAAUAUGGAAGAUGAUAUGAUGACAUGGCGUGAACCAGAAGACAUUGAUUUUUCGCAUUUGGAUUCAGAGUUACCUAAACUUGGUCCUAAAAAAGGUGGCAUUAAUAAAUGUAAUAGCGAUGAAUAUAAAAUACAAGAAGAGAGAGAAAGAUUCGUAUUUUUAGUAUCAUAUCUUUAUGAGAAAGACAUUCCACAUUCACCUACAGAGCCUGGUCCAAAUUCUGAUGGACCAUUCGUUGAAACAAAAACAAUACCCUUGCCUAAUGACAUAAAAGAUUUAAAUACAACAGAUUUUAUAUUUCAGCAUAACCAAGGAUCCAUAAAUCAUUUAGCAUUUUCAAACACUUUCAACCAAAAUAAUAUUUUAUUAACUAAUCCUCCUUUAAUCAAUAACCCACAGGCGAGCAUAACUUCUAUUUUACAAAAUUUGCUAAAUGCUUCUGGACAAGCAACAAUUAAUACGUCUCCUCCAAUACAAACAAUUCCACAAUCUGUACAGCAUGUUACUCUUCCAUCAUCUAACCUUUCAUCUACCAAUAUUGCAAAUGUAAGCAAUAUAUUACAAAUGCUUCAGCAAUCACAGAAAAAACCAAUCCAACAAUCUUUUCCUAUUUCUUCUGUUUCAUCAGGUGCUUCUCCCUUCAACUUUGAAACUUUACUUGGUGGAGGGCAACAAAAAAAUCAUUUUUACACUGAUCGAAACGAACGCAAUGAUACACAGCAUUCAAGAGAUAAACGACAUCGUUCUCAAAGACAUCGUCGCCGUUAA